AUGGCCGAACCAAACCCACACGCCUCACUGGACCACAAACUCUCUGCCGAAAUCAACUACGCAGAGGACACCACUCCCGACGACAAUACCCCCUCACACGUCAAAGGCAAUGCCUUCCUCGUCCGCGAAGACGGUCAAAUCCGCAAAAUCCCUGUUCCCUCUUCCAACCCCAAUGAUCCCCUCAACUUCUCCAGAUGGGAAAAGUACGGCAUCAUAUUUUGUUGCUGCUGGUUCUCCAUCAUGGGUCUUUCGAUCGCCGGCGGCCUUGGUGCGAUUCUGAACGUGUUUUUCCAAAUGUAUGUACCGCAGGGGUAUACGGCGGAUGAGAUUGUGUUUUUGAUUACGCUGCCUACACUGUGUAUUGGACUUGGGAACUACAUCAUCCUGCCUUUAGCACUAGCAUACGGUCGGCGUCCAGUAUUUCUCAUCUCAAUGGUAAUAUUGCUUGCAGCUACCAUUGCCGCCGCUGUGCAAAACAGCUAUAACGGGCAUCUUGCAUCGCGUAUCGUGCAGGGUCUAGCAACGGGCUCAUCCGAAUCGCUUCUCCCACUCAUGCUGACCGAAAUCACGUUUCUACACGAGCGAGGCCGGAUCUUCGGGUUGUACUGGAUGGUUCAGAAUGCACUAAGCUCCUCCAUUAAUCUAGCAAGUACGUAUCUGAACGAGGAGAUGGGAUGGCGGUGGUACUACUGGGUGUUCGUCAUCACAAUCGGGUUUGGACUCGUAGUUGCGUUUUUCCUAGGCUUCGAAACGCAAUUUACACGAUCGCCGGCUAGCCUGGACGGGCUGCUGAUUUUCACGGAUGAGUUUGGGGUCACAAAGGUUAUCCCGGAUGAGGAGGCGCAGGGUUACUUUGCGCAGGUGGGCGAUAAGGGGUUGAGCAUACCGAGUGCAGAUGCGAAUGAGGCGGAUGUACCACGGAAGACGUACCUUCAGAAGUUGCGUCCUUGGUCCCCGGUUCAGAAACAGCCGGUUAAGAUUAUGGUCAUGACGUAUCUGCACAUGCUCCAGAGUCUGGCAUCCCCAGGUAUCCUGUUCGCAAUCCUGAGUUCAUCGGUUGCGCUUGGCUGCGCCGUCGGCAUAUCACUGACGUACAAUACCGUAUUACACGAUCACUACGGAUGGGAUGUGAAGAACAUUGGGCUUAUCAACGUCGGCGGCGUCAUCGGUGCCGUCUUGGGAAUGGUGUAUUGCACAUUCAUCGGCGAUAAGUUCGUCCUGUACGCCGCCCGACGAAACAAAGGCAUUCACAAACCAGAACACCAUCUCAUUGUUCUCAUCCCACCUGGCAUCAUCGGUGCCGCAAUGCUGGUCCUCUAUGGCUACACUGCUGGAGGCGGCGCAACUUGGUGGGGUCCGUACAUGGCGUGGACACUGUUCCAGUACACGUUUACUGCCGUGCUCAUCGUGUCUACGACGUUUGCGUCUGAAGCCGGGGCGCAGCAUCCCGGACCUGCGCUAGUAGUUGUUGUGGGGACUAAAAAUAUUGUUUCCUUUGGCCUUACGUAUGGCCUUACGCCCAUGGUUGCGAAGCAUGGGUAUCAGUGGGCAUUUGGUGUGUUGGCCGGUAUUUACAGUGCCAUCUUCUUGCUCGGUAUUCCAGUUUAUUAUCUGAACCCGAUAUGGCGCGCGAGGAGUAAGAAGAACUAG